UCCGUAACAUUCCCUUAAGUAUGCUGGCUAGCUUGGCCCGUAGUACUCUCACUCGAGUGCCGACAUUCAAUCGCUCAGCAGUCCGCCUCUUCGCUGCUGCUGCUACGGGUAAGUCUGGCAAGGCAGCGGCCACCGGAGGCGCGUCCGUCCCAAAGCUGGAAGACACCACCUUGGAAGGGAGGUACGCCGCUUCUCUCUUUGCCGUGGCUAACCCUAAGGGUAAACUCGACGUUGUCUAUCACGACUUAAUGAUGCUGCGUGAGAUGCUUCAAACCGAGAAGGUUUUCGCGAUGUUCUGUACUGUUCCUGGUCUGCAAAGGAAUGUACGUGUGGCCUGUGUUGAGGACAUUUGCAAGAAGUGCCAAACUGAUGACAUCACCACCAACUUCCUCAGGAUCCUCUGCGAGAACGACCGUUUGGAUCACCUGUCGAAGUUUAUCGAUAAGUUCGACGAGGUGGUCCGUUUCGAGCAAGGUCUCACCCUCUGUCGCGUGGUCACUGCUACAGAGCUUGAUAACAGUGACAAGAAAAGAGUUGAAGGGGCACUGGGUAAACGCCUUGGACCAGAGCAUAAGUUGAAAUUGGAAUACGAGGUAUCUCCUGGUAUGCUUGGAGGUUUGAUCGUUAAAGUGAGGGAUCGCGUCUACGACUAUUCCGUUUCCUCGAGGCUUGAUCAGCUGCAGACAACUCUGUUGAAGCCCAUCGAGUGAGCGUUGGUGACGGAGUUGUCAGUAGUACGUUUUUCAAGCGUGAUGGAGAGUUUCUCUUU